ACCGUAACCUACUCGUGAAGUUUAGACGCUUUGCAGUCUGCAGAUUACGACUCACAAUGUCUUUCUCGGGGCAGGACCUCACACCACAGAUUAACAUCGGGAAAACGUUCGGGGCACUUUUUAUUGGGGUUACCAUUGCAGCAGUUCUCUUUGGUUUAAGCAACGUUCAAGCUUUCAUCUACUUUCUGACGCAUGCGGGCACAGGGAUGACAUUUUAUAAGCUGGCUGUCAUCUGGCUCUGGAUACUCGAUGCUCUGCACCUGAUGUUGAUCGGCCAUUGCGUCUACUACUAUCUAGUAAUCAACUAUGCAAACGUCAGUGCGCUUACGGAAAUUAUAUGGAGUUUUAAACUUCAGAUAAUAAUUGAGAUUGUGAUUGUCUAUGGGGUACAUCUCAUGUAUGUUUAUCGCAUAUGGAUAUUCAGCAAGGACCGAUCAAGAACCCUCCCUAUCACAGUAGGCCUAAUCGAAAUAUUACUCUCAGGCGUUGCUAUCGCCCUUAUAUGGGCCUUAUACCAGUGUCACGUAUUCUCGGAUCUGGUUAAAAUCGAGUGGUGGACAUUCAUGACUUUGGGCACGAUUACUUUUGUCGACUUCGUUAUCGCAUCAUCACUAUGUUACCUCCUGGCUACCUCUCGUACUGGAUUUUCUAGCACCGAUUCCUUCGUAACGAAGCUCAUGGUUUACAUUAUUAAUACCGGCAGUCUGACGAGCAUGUGUUCAAUGGCAGCUAUGAUUACAUGCGCAGUCAUGCCGCGCAACUUCAUCUUCCUCGCUAUUGAAAUUUUAUUGGCUGACGUAUAUAUCAACUCGUUCCUCGCACUCCUGAAUGCACGAUACUAUACGCAGGUCAACGCAGACGCGAACAAUCCUUACCCAUUCCCCAACCCCCACGAGGUCUACCGCCCGGAUCUGCACAUCAGGGCGUUGGAAGAUGAGGAGCUCCAGGCAUCCCGAAAAAACAUGUUCAAACAUCCCGAUGAAAUUGUGCACCCCUCUCGAUUUGUUAAGCCACAGCAGUCGACUGCGAUGUCAACGAAUGUGAAUACCUUCUCGUCUGUGUGAUGGAUGAGAUGUAGUAUAGUCUAUCCGCCUCUGCACGAGAUAGGGGUCAUAGCCUGGAUAUUGCGAGCUCUUAUAAACGAUACACAGUGGCGAGGAACUCGAGGGAUGUAGUCCACUAUAUCAGUAUCUGCAGGUUGGAUACAUUACUACCAGCUUAGAGUAUAUCUAUCAGGUCUCUAAGCAGAAACAGUUGUUCUACUAGCGACUCUUCAUGGCAGGGAGUGGCGGGUGUAAUAUUAUGUAGUUUGAUGGAAGUCAUUCAUUCAAUUCUUCCAAUACAUCUCAGGUUUAAAACAUCCAUGUUCAA